AUAUAUUUACAACAGAGACAUUAAACAUGAUAUCAAAUAUUAAAAAAUCUUUUAACAAAAUUUCGAUUUCAUUAUUUAAAUACUCUUUCGCAUGUCAUUUGACAGUUUAUAAAAUUGAGCAUUAAGCUAAAUUCAUAUUCAUUCUACAAUAAUGAUAUUAAAUAUUUACUCUUUGAUGUUUGGACUGAUACUAUCAGAUUUUAUUACACAAACAAGGGCGGUAGAUUAUAUUGACAUAGAAGACUCAGAAUACAGGAACGUCACUGAAGAAUUGUAUUUAUGGAGUGUUAAUAGUACAAAUAAUAGCUGUACUAAUUUUUUUUGUGUAAGUGAUGAAGAUUACAUCGAUUUCUUAAUAACUCGUAUGACAACACCAAGUAUCUACGAUUGGAUUUUGAUAUUUAUGCACAUUACCGUGUUUAUUGCCGGUAUAUUGGGAAAUUCAUUAGUCUGUAUUGCUGUAUACAGAAAUCGAUCUAUGAGAACGGUUACUAAUUACUUCCUUGUUAAUCUUGCUGUAGCAGACCUUAUGGUAAUUAUAUUUUGUCUACCGUCAACAGUUAUUUGGGAUGUUACUGAGACUUGGUUACUCGGUGAAACGUUAUGCAAAAUCCUUCCCUACCUACAGACAGUUUCAGUUAGUGUGAGCAUUUUGACCCUCACUUUCAUAUCAAUCGAUCGUUGGUACGCUAUAUGUUUUCCAUUGGAAUUCAAAUCGACUACAAAACGUGCAAAAAAAUGUAUAUGUUGUAUUUGGUUAUUCUCAUUUAUUUUUGACAUACCAGAUUUGAUAUUCCUACAAGUUACUCCAAGUCUACUUAAAAUUGAGUCAAUUUAUUUAACACGAUGUGAAAGAUCGUGGAGCGUUAAAACCGAAAAAAUUUUCAAUUUUAUUGUAUUUGCAUUUUUGUAUUUCGGGCCACUGCUUUUUAUGACCUACACAUAUUAUCAAAUAAUUCGUGUACUACGAAGAAGUAACAUUCCUGGAUAUAAAUUAUCCAGAAGAAAUAAACGAAUCCCACUGGAUACUCAGGGCACAACGUCGACGUUCAAUGAGAAUCAUGAAGGACAUUUGGGAUCAAGACGGAAAGCUGCAAAAAUGCUUGUUGUAGUUGUCUUUAUUUUUGCGCUUUGUUAUGCGCCAGUUCAUUUAUUAAACAUCCUUCGAUAUUCAAUAAAUCUACCAUCAAAUGACAUAACAGUUGCGUGUAGUUUAUUAGCCCACUGGCUGUGUUAUUUAAAUAGUGCAAUCAAUCCUGUUAUUUAUAAUUUCAUGAGUGGUAAAUUCCGCAAAGAAUUCAGACGAUCGUUCAUCUGCGCGCGGCCGAUUUCAGCCGAUGCUGGGACACAAAAAAUAAGUGGAAUUAUUCAAAUCGCCGAACGUUCUCUGAUACCCACUACAAAUUCGAACCAGUCGGUUAAUAAUUUUGUUAAAAGCCGACGGAGUGUUGAAGUUAUUCCUCUUAAAAGUAUGUCAGAUUGUCGCUAAACGUGUCCAGCUUCUGGUACAUGACCUAUAGCUGAAACUAAACCUAAGAAGGAGUCAGGUAGUACUGCCGAUUUUAGAAUUACCGUUCAAAAUUUGAAGAAAUUUUUCGUAUUAGUAGAUAAUGAUAAGAAAGAGAUGAAAUUAAAUUUUUUAAAAGCUACAGAAAACCAGUAAAAUUUUGAUUUUUAUACAUUUAAUAUUGAGUCUCAUAAUAAAUCACAGGUUUCAUCGAAUUUAUUUUUUUUUGUAGCUUUUAAAAUAUUUAAUUGGAUCUUUUUCUUAUCAUUGCCUAGUAACAUAUUAAAUUUCAUUAAAUUAUUAACGGUAAUUCUAAAACCAACACUUAAGUCCACGAACGGUACUAUCCUUGUCGCAUUUGCGCAGUGAAUGGGAACUUUGCCCACGUUUUUCUCUUAAACAAAUGAAAAUUUUUGGAAAAUGGAAACGUAGAUCGCUAGAUUAUAGCCCUGAUUAAGGCCGAUUAAAAGCCAAGCGGAGAUGUCCGAUUAAAUCCGGUUAGAAUUUUCCAAUCGGAUUGAAUCGGAAUUUUUAUUUUUCCGUUCAGAGGUUUUGUUCGAGAGAAAAGCUUGGACGAAAAUUACUAUAUACCCUCCUUAAAAAAAAUUGUACAUUAGUUUAUAACUGUAUUAUAUUUUGUAUAUUUUUUUUAAAUUUAAUGUUAACAAUCCGAAUUUAUUGAAUUUUUAGUUUCACUGUAGUUUAUUAAAUAUGAGGUAAUAUACCUAGAACCCGAUCACUCCAUGUACUUGUAUAUCUAUUUUUAUUAAAUAUAGAUAUACAAAUAUAUGAGUGAUUGGAUACUAGUUCCCUGAUCGGGUACUGGGUCUCUUGCCUUUUAUCAUUAUAAAUUAUUGUAAAUAAACUUAUGUAUUACUGAUGAAAGUAUAGUAUAUAUUAAGUGUAUUAAAGUAAAUAAAAUAUAUAUCAUGUGUCAUACUACUCCAAUAUUAGUGAAUUUUACUUUACUGUAAGGCUAUAAUUAUAAGUAUAAUUUAAUUAGAUUGG